AUGAGUGUGUAUUCUUUAAGUCCAAGAAGCUAAGUUGAAUUGAAACUGUUCUAAUAGCUAUCUCCUCACUUUAAUGAUCCCUCCUUACAAAAUUUAACUAUAGAUCACUAACAAUGCUAAGAUAACUUUAAACCAUUUCAGAAGUUACCUGUUCUUUAGAAGCAAGAGCAGAUAAAAAAUUAAUGCAAUGAGAAAAUAACUUAUGAUAAUCCAAUCGAAGACUAGAAUGAACUUCCUAAAUCAUAAGUAUGUUCAUAAAAAGUGUCAAAAAAUAUCUUCUAACUCAUAAAGAUAAAUAAUCUGGUAAAAAGAUUUAAAAACAUUUUGUUUUCGCGAAGCUACAUAUUAUCUUAGAGUUAAAAAGAAUAAAUAAAAGGUAAUCUCAUAUUGCAGGAAAAAUAUAUUUAAGACAAAAAAAAUAUUUCAAAGAAUCUCAUCUCAUUUGUUAUCGGUCCGACUAAUAGAUUCAUCAUUUUAUGGGAUAUAAUCAUGUUUUUUGUGAUUUUAAGCUUAAUUAUAUUAAUACCAUUUUUUUGGAGUUUCGAUCAAUCCUAUCCUAUACUAAAAAUAGAAGAAAUGUCAUUGUUCAUGAUAUUUUUUUUGAUUGACAUAAUACUCAAACUUAACAUAGCAAUUAUAAAAAAAGGAAAUAUCAUUAAAACCAGAAUAUACAUAUUGAAAAAAUAUUUGAAAACCUCCUUUAUUUUAGAUAUUACUUACCUAUUUUUAGUUUAUUAUACUAUGAAAAUAGAAAGCACGCUAAUAUUUAUAUCUUUUUGUGCCUUAAGCUUGAUCAAACUUUAAAAAGUAAUUGGUAAAAUAGUCAAAUUAUUAAAUUUAUCAGAAAUUCAAAGAGAAAUCAUUAGUUUAAUCAACCUUGUAAUUACAAUUAAUCUUAUUGCUCAUUUUAUGGCCUGCAUUUGGCAUUACAUAGGAAUGACAACCAUGGAAUAUGAGAAAAAUAGUUGGAUUCUUGAUAAAAAUUUACAAGAUGAUACAAAAUAAAUUAGAUACAUUUUCUCUUACUAUUGGGCUAUUGUCACAAUGAUUACUGUUGGAUAUGGAGACAUAACACCUUAAAAUCAUGUGGAGGCUUUUAGUUGUAUAUUUCUUAUGCUUUUAUCAUGCGCAGUCUUUACAUUCUCUCUCAAUUAGGUUGGAACUAUUGUGCAAAACAUUAACAAACAAAAGAGACAAUUUUAAGAAAUGAUGAGGAUUUUGACUUGCUAUAUGUAAUAGCACUCAGUUCCAGAUCAGCUAUAAAGUAGAGCAAGAAGUUACUUAGAAUAUCGAUGCAUCAAAAGAAAUUAGCAAUCAAAAUAUCAUUUGUAAAGUAUACUUGAAUAACUCUCAUCAUUUUUAUAGUAAGAAUUGAUGCUUAAUGUUUUUAAAAACUUACUUCAAGAUUGCAAAAUCGUCUUGCAUAACUUUAGUGAAGAUACAAUAAAGAAAAUGUCAAAUUCUCUUUAAACUGUAUAUUACUGUCCUGAUGAAUAUAUCUAUCAUCAAAAUUAGAUGGACGAUAAUUAUUUAUAUUUUUUGGAUUAUGGCAAGGUUGAGAUCUAUGAAUAGAACUCCUAAUAGAAAGUAACAGAACUUUAAAAAGGAAAAUACUUUGGAGAAGAAUCAUUUUUUACAUAAUAACCUCGUAAAUUUUCAGUUAUUAGUCGAAGCUUUACAAAAGUUUUUAGGAUCUCUUAAACUACCUUUCUAAACUAACUUAGUAAGGAAGAGAAUGAAGUGUAUCAUUAAAUCCGACAUUUGUUCUAAUUUAAUGCUUAUAUUAUUGGUCAAAAAUGCCUAAUAUGUUCUUAGUCUGGUCAUUAAAUAGACACUUGUAAAUUGCUUAAUUAUAAACCUGAUAUUGAAAAGUUGAUUCUAAAGGAUAAUCUAAAAAUAUAGGGUAGACAAAAAAAGAAAAGAUGUGGUAAAAGGUCUUGUAAAGCACUUCAAAUUCAUAAUUAAUUGAAAUUAGUGCAAAAAGCAAUAGAACAAAGUUAAGGAUAGGAUGAUAUCCAAUUUGAUGAAGAUGAAAAUAUGUCCUUAAAUCCUUAAGAUCUGGAAUUGAAUACAAAUAAUGGCUCUCCUGCUUCUAAAAGAAAAGAGAGUUACCCUAAAUAAAGUGAACCUUCUCUUAAAGCAGAUAUCAAAAUUUCUCAUGAUUCAAACAAAAGAAUUUAAUUUUAAAAAUCAGAUGGAAUUAAUAAGAGCAAAUAAUUUCAGACUUCCUAAUAAUUAAGAUAAUUUAGUGACACUGAAAUAAAGUUAUUUGGUGGAGCUACUGAAAAUAGAACAUAAGUAGGUCAAAAUUCUAUAUCUUGUAAUUUCUAAAUUAUAGGAUUUGAAAAAGCUAUGGAAUUCAAAAAGUUUUUCCCUUAAUUUUAAUCUGCAUGUGUUGAUUUCUGA